AUGCCUCAUAUUGAUUCAGAGGCGCCAGCUCCGGCGGCCGAAGCUCCUACCGAGCAAUUAACAAGACUGCCUUUCCCUCCAGUCACUUAUUCUCACAUCCUACACUGCUCUUAUCACCACUGGCAGCCUCGAUACCGCACCCUGGUCCCCAAGUCCCGCGCUAUCCGUCUCACUGCCCCCUUCGUUAAGUACCUCCGAGCGGACGGUAUCGUCCUGCCGCCAGAAGCUGCCCCGCCGACAGACGACGACAACCUCGACACAUUCUCCGAUGAUGGCGCAGACGAGGAGCCCGACCCGUCAGUCGAAUGGCCUGAAAUCCACAACCAGAUCAAGUCCACAAUCACCGAAUACGGCGGUAAAGUGACGCCGAAGCUGAACUGGAGUGCGCCCAAAGAUGCGACGUGGAUGUCCGCCACCAACGACACGCAAUGUCGCACAGCCAACGACAUCUACCUCCUCUUGAAAAGCAGUGACUUUAUCAGCCAUGACCUGGAACACCCAUUCGACGACUGCGUUUCUGACACUACCACCACCGACGAUUCUUCCUCAACGCCCCCCGAAAUCCCCUACUACCUCGUUCUUCGCAAAUACGUCAACUUCAACCCGUCGCUCGAGUUCCGGUGCUUCGUGCGCAACAGAGUCCUCCUGUGCAUGUGCCAGCGUGAUCAGAACCAUUUCGACUUCCUCUUCCCCAUGCGGGACUCUCUCCGGUCUCGGAUCCAGACCUUCUUCGAUGAAAAGCUGAAGGAUACGUUCACGGACCCUAACUUCGUGUUUGAUGUCUAUAUCCCGCCUCCCCAUGACCGAGUGUGGCUUAUCGAUAUCAACCCAUGGGCGGAGAGGACCGACUCACUGCUCUUCAGUUGGAUGGAGAUUCUGCAUAUGAAGGAUCCCGUGGAUGAUGCACCAUUGUUCCCAGAGUUCAGGCUAAUCAAGCGCGAUGACCCGGAGGCGUAUGCGUUCACGACCCCGCAGUACUCAGCACACAAGCUGCCCAAGGAAGUGGUCGACGCCUCUAUCUCCGGUCCUGGAGGCAUGAGCGAGUUUCUGGGGAAAUGGCAGGACAUUCUGGCGAAGCAGGCGCAGGAGUCCGACUCGGACAAUGAAGACCAAUAG